AUGAUGUCUGCAUUUGGAACUUCAAAAAUAUUCGACUAUAGUUUAAAUACAAAGUCAACUAAAACUUCAUCCAUUUCAUCAAGUUCUUCAUCUUCUUCAACUACCGAUUUUGAAGACUUGUUGCCUGAUUUAUGGCAAACUGCUUCUGAAGAUGACACUGAUAUGAAGUAUAGCCAUCUUAAAACAUUUGAUACCCCUCACAACCAUUUAUUUCAACAACAGCCACAUCAUAAUCAACUUCCAUCACAACAACAACUCCCAAUUCAACCACAACCUCUUACUCAAGGUCAAAAUGCUUGGUUUACUGCUUCUCCUGCCAUUUCCGUAUCUCCACCAUUGAGAUCAACUUCAACUUUAUGGGACGAACAUCCAGUUGUUCUUGAACAACCAACUAAUACUGUUUCCUCCACCACCACAGCACAACAACCAAUGUUUUAUUUACCACAAGAUGACGAAUUGUUUAACUUUGACCAAAUCAAGCACCAUCAACACCAAACUCAACUUGAUGACCAAAUUCUUCCACAACAACAUGUUGCGAACCACAAGGCUCCAAUCAACACCCAAUUAUACAAGACUGAAUUAUGUGCUUCUUUUAUGAAGACGGGUGUCUGUCCUUAUGGCAGCAAAUGCCAAUUUGCUCAUGGUGAAAAUGAAUUAAAACAUGUUGACAGACCACCAAAAUGGAGAUCAAAACCAUGUGCUAACUGGUCCAAAUAUGGAAGUUGUCGUUAUGGCAACAGAUGUUGUUUUAAGCAUGGUGAUUAG